GAUAAAACUAGAAAAUUAAAUAGGGAACGAAAAAAGACGGAUAGUCUAUUAUGUCAGAUGCUACCAAGAUCAGUUGCUGAACAGUUGAAACAUGGAAAAAAUGUAUUGGCUGAAACAUACGAUGAUGUAACGCUAUAUUUUAGUGAUAUUGUUGGAUUUACUCAAAUUUGCCAUGAAAGCACUGCUAUGGAAGUGGUUGAAAUGUUAAAUUAUUUAUAUGUCCAAUUUGAUAGUGAAAUUGAACAUUAUCAUGUCUAUAAAGUAGAAACAAUCGGUGAUGCAUACAUGGUUGUGUCAGGCUUACCUAAAAAAUUACCUAAAAAUCAGCAUGCUAUUGAAAUUGCUAAUAUGGCACUAGCGUUGUUAGCAAUCAUUAAAAAUUUAAAAGUUCCACAUAAUCCUGAUCUUGUAUUACAACUUCGCGCUGGAAUUCAUUCAGGGUCUUGUGUUGCUGGCGUAGUGGGUAGGAAAAUGCCCAGAUAUUGUUUAUUUGGCGAUACUGUGAAUACUGCCUCCAGGAUGGAAUCUAGCGGAGAAGCUUCCAAGAUACAUUGUAGCGAAGCCUCUUACCAUAUUCUAUCAUCCACCGGCCAUUAUGAGUUACAGCCUAGAGGAAAUAUAAAUAUUAAGGGCCUUGGAACAAUGAUGACGUUUUGGUUAAUCGGUAAA